UACUCAUUACGCAUGCGCAACACACCCUUUAAAAAUGACUGAAAAUAUUUGUCCUGAGAAUGGGAUUUUCCCAGGCUCCGUACUACCAGUUACCAUUGAAUCUGCGCUUCCAGAUGUUAUAGUAUGCUGUCUGAAACAUGGUAGUAAAUCAUACCGAGGCAUUCUAUUGGAUAUGAACAAAGGGUCUAUGCCAUACGGAGUCAACGUCGCAGCUUUUAAAGGUCACAAUUGGAAUAGUCAGCAAAACACCGUAACUGUGGAACCUGAACAACCAAAGGAAAGUGAUAUCUAUAAAGAAGGUGCUAUAAAAACAGAAACAACAGGACUUGCAGAGAAAACUCAGCUAUCAGCCUUAAGUUUACGUGAAACUUAUAAUCAAGAUACUGAAAUUGAACAACAGAAUUUUGAUAAAAAUGUAUCGAAAAGCAUAACUCGUAGGUUAUGUGACAAACGUAUCAGGAAUAUGAGGUUGAGACCACGUCAGGUACUUUGCUCCAAUUGUAAAAAGGCCUGCGGGGAUACUAAAUCAAAAAAGCAUCACCAACAAAACAACUCACAUUCUAAAUCUAGUACUUAUAAGACUCAGGACAAUAUGCAUUCUAGCCACAAAUUAGAGAAUAAGAAACGUAAAAUAGAGAUUAUCGAUAAAAAUGACAGACAGCGCAAAAUGAAAAAAAUUAGUGCAGGUGCCGGCGGUGGAAGCCCUGUUUUGAAGAUAUCCCUUGGUAGGGGUGAUGUCAUAGAAAUACCACGUAAUUUGCCAAAUGUUGCCUUAGAUAGUGCUGAAUUUACAAAAGAAGAAUCAAAGUUGAAUAUGCCUAAUGGUAGACAGAAGUCACAGAGACACAAAGAAAGACAGAGAUUGAGACGAAAAGGCAAAGAGAAAUCUCAUAUGAAAAACAAAUCUCAUGAUUUUCAGGAAAAUGUGAGUCCACCAUGUGAGAGUUUCCAACAAGACAGCAUGGACAUAAUAGCGAUCGAUGGAAAGAUACCUCAAAUUAAUUUGGAUAAUGAUAUGUUUGAUAAAAAACAAUAUGUUGGGGAAAGUAAUUCACCAAGUAAUCCUGACAAUGCUUCUAUAGAUACAAAUGACCAUAACCUUACCAAGCCAAAAACUGAGAAAGUUAACAGUAAAAAAUCACCUGAAAUUUUACCAUUGCAAUCAGUUGAUGAAACUGACCUUGAAACGGGUGACUUCAGAAAUGUAUUAAAGUGUGUCACACCUGAAGGUCGUGUGGUGAAUAUAGGAGAUAUAAUUUGGGGGAAGAUAACAGGCUUCCCUUGGUGGCCAGGUCGCGUCAUUAACAUCACAAUACGCAAUCAACAAUCUGGAUAUCUGAUAUCGCAACUUGCUCAUAUAUCCUGGUUUGGCUCAGCAACAAUGCUACUGUUGCUGCCAAGCUUAUGGAAGCUGAUUUUGAUGACGGCGAAGUGGAUGUUGAUCUAGAAUCUGUAGAUGAAUGAAUAAGUACAAGCUGCCAUGAUUAACAGGAUGACUACCCUAAUCUCUUUGGCUAAAUUCACUACCCUCUGAGUAGAACAGAUCAUUUAACAGUUUGGUGUUAAACCAAUCAGAGAGCAUCAAAGUUUAAAUCAAUGGACAUCACAGAAAAUCAUGGCGAAGCAACAAAGUCAAUGCAGUCGACAAAGCAAUGCGAUUAACUCUGAUUGGGUCGUGUUGAGAAGUUAAUUGAUAAUGGAGAGUAUGAGAGAAAAUUGCUGUUCGUUUUUGUAAAGGGUAAUUUAGGACCAACAUUAUUCCAUUUCUCUGUUGCACAACCAACCAUUUGCAGAUCAUUGUGGUACUUUAAACUUCAGGAAUAGGCUAGUGCAACUGUCACAAUCAUUGUAAGUGACUAUACAAGGUGCGUUUUAUUUCAGCCAUUUCUGAAAUAGGGCUUACAAUAUGGUGCAUACAUCAAUCAAGUUCAAAAUAUUUCAGGUUUAAAGGCUUGAAUCUUGCCAAAUUUUGAAAUGCAGAAUUUGAAUUAUUUCAAAAAAUGCUGUCUCCACGGAAACUGAUCAGGCCAAUAGGGCUGAUUUUAGCAUAUAUCCCAUUUCACAUUUUAAGAAAUGUGUCACCAUAAAGUGUUCCAAUUCAUCAAUCAAUAUUUGCUGCAAUAACUUUUUCUAUUUUUUUUGUUAAAUGUGAUUUUGUGUGACAUGAGUGUAAUGUGAAUCCAUUUAUUCACAUCAGUAUCGGUGUAUGUGAUUGUAGCUUACAUUUAGUAUUCAUUUGAAUCGGUAUAUUAACCAGUUAUUAUACAUUAUAUGUAUUACCCAUAAUAAUAUAGUACUAUGUAGUAGUGUGCAAAAUUGGAUAUUGUGUCAUAAAUUUUCUGCUUAUAAUUAUUACUAAGAAAUACCAGUGUUCCAUAUGUCUACCAUUACAUGCACAUGUGCCCCCCUGGGUAAUACGUGUCCUGCAACCAUAUUAAUUGAUUGAUGGGCGACUCCACACUUAUUACCCAGGGGGCACCUGUGAUUACAUGUUGGGAAUUUGUGCCAUAUAGCAUGAUACAUUUGAGUACUCAAAGGUUCUAUUCCGAACAGCAUAAACAAUUAUCUUACUAGUAUUCCAUAUUGUAACAGUAAUGAGAUAAUAUCUACCUCAGAUCUGCAGUAACACUGAAGAGCAAGUAUAAUUGCAUGUAUUUGCUUUCUUAAGGCACAAACAGGUGUAUUCGUCCGCCGAAAGCAGGACUCCAGACAUCAUCCACUAAGUUCUCUCCUUCUUGGAAGAAGGGGGUACAA